CAACAGCAAAAAUGUAGUGUUGCAUUUUGAUGAGCGCCGCCAGUCGUGGAACUCUGCAGCACACACACACGGUGUGCAGCAAACGAUUUGCGGAAGUGAGGUACCCCAUUCUGCAGCAGGUGACUGAGCAGCACGAUGAGACGUCAGUAGUCCCCCGCCGUAGCAUGGCCACGUCACGUUCCUCGCGCGUCACAAGGUCAUCGGUCGGGCUCAAUGGAUUGGACGAGAACUUCUGUGGCCGAACCCUCAGGAACCGCAGUAUCGCCCAGCCGGAGGAGGUUCAGGGGUCACCGCUCCCCGGCAGCAGGGCCCCACGCUCCCCCAAGAAGAGACCGGACGCCCAGGCUGGGAGCUCAGAGAAGCCUGGGGGUCACCAGGGAAAGGUAACCCACCACAAGGCCUCCUCAGUGGACAGGGAGACAUGGCCGAGCCCCAGGAAGAGGGGACUGUCCUGCUCGGAGAGUGAUGGGUGUGGGGGUUCGGACCAGGCUGAGAACUGUGAGGGGAGGGGGAAGGAGACGUCGGGGGCUGGUGGGAGAGAUGCUUCUCUGCUCCUCAAAAGGGCCAAACGGUGUUCCCGUCACGGGGAGUCGCAGGGCCCCGAGGACGACCCCUCUUCUGCACCCGCCAAACCUGACAUCCCCCCAUCCUCCUGCACCCCCCCAGCGACUGUCAAGGAGAACAGUGAAGAGGGUGACCCGCUCAACCUAAUCUGCACCGCACCCUCUUCCUCUUCUCCACAGAACCUCAACAAAGAGGAAGGUGAGGAGGAGGAGGAGGACAGCGGCGGCCAUAUUGAGAGCGACGGCCAUGCUCAGCAGCCCCUGAACUCCACUUCCCAUAAUCCCCCUGUUCCUCCCCAGAACUCGAACUCCCAUAAAUCCUCUACUGGGCUGGGACAGACCAGCAGUAGCUUUGACGCUCAGACAAUCCCCCCGGGUGUCAGCGCUGCCGUUAACACCAGCUGCCCAGGUCCCAGUCCCGCACUGCUGAACGGCGGCCAGACGGGGGCGCCCUGCCCCUCGCCCCCAGACCCCAUAGUGCCUUGUAGAAACUGUGAUUCUGUGCAGGAGGAGGAGGAGGUUAGGGACUCUGGGGAGUAUUCUGCUCCUCCUCUGGCCUCCUUUGAAGAGGACUCCUCCACCCCACACCUGUCAGUCAGGGAGGAGGAAGUGGAGUUGGAUGUAGUGGGGGACUCGGUGUGUCAGGAGGAAGAAGUGACAGCGACCGAGGAGGAGGAAGAGGAGGAGGAGGAGAGCACCAACGGGAGAAGUAAUGGUUGGCCACUGGUGCAGGAUGCUGUUGCCACCAGUAUCAUCAACGCAAACCACAACAUCCCAAACAACAACAUCAACAACUCAGGAGAAUCCACCAUGCCUUUGCUAGCCCCCCAGACCCCCUCAGAGACCCCUUCUGUCUCCGGCACUUCGCCCCCGUCUUUCACCCAACCCCACGAACACCAAUACACCCUGAGGACUUCGCCCCAGAGUGCAGGGGCCCCCUCGUCCCCCAAACCCUGCUCCCCUCCCAGAGACCCUCUUCGGGACAAUGGCCCUCUGAGAGAGGGGGCCUGUCGGAGGCUGGAUCUGGAUGCUACUCUGGCUACUUCUACCCCUUCUUCAGGUCCCUCCAGCACCCAGGCCAGGGGAGGGUCUCUCCCAUCUCUUCUGCCGGUUCCCAUGGAGCUGGGAGCCGGUAGGGAUGACAGGGUAGUAGGGGACGGUCGGGACUUCGGGGAGCUCCGAGAAGGCGUCCGGACAGCCAGUAAGGAGGUCCCGGUAGGAGGAAGCCAGCAGCAGGAGGAGGAGGAGAAGCAGGUGGAGGACGAAGAGGAACCAGAUGUGUAUUACUUUGAGUCGGACCACCUGGUGCUCAAACACAACAAAGAUUACCAGAGGUUACUCCAGACGGUAGGUGUGUUGGAGGCGCAGAGAACCCAGAGUAUACUGGACUUGGAGCGUCUGGCCAGACAGCAGAGAGAAGCUCUCCAAGACCCCGUCAGCUUUGUGGAGCAGCUGCAGAAACAGGUGGAACUGGGCAUGCCGCGGCCCCAGAGAGUGGUUCAGCUGCCAGACAUCUCAUGGGACCAGUACACGUCAGGACUGGGAGAUUUCGAGAGGGAGUUCUGUGACAAGAAACGCAAAACCAGGAGGCUCAAACUCAUAUUCGAUAAGGUCAGGUUACCAGACCGACCAAUCAGCCCCUUGGAUCCCAAGGACAAGGAGGGUGAAUCGUCGACCCUGUACUCUGCUCUGCCCUCUAGUGAUGCUCUGGAGAACAGCAGCAACUCACAGAUGAUCCGAGGGCGGCUGUGUCACCAGAGUAAACCUGACACCUUCAACCAGCUGUGGACCGUGGAGGAACAGAAAAAGCUGGAGCAUCUCCUACUGCAGUUUCCUCCUGAGGAGGUGGAGUCUAGACGCUGGCAGAAGAUAGCUGACGCCCUGGGCAACAGGACCGCUAAACAGGUGGCCAGCCGCGUACAGAAGUAUUUCAUCAAACUGACUAAAGCAGGAAUCCCUGUUCCUGGGAGGACCCCCAACAUGUGCAUGUACAGCAAGAAGGUGUCCAAUAAGAGGCAGCACCACCUGAACAAGCACCUGUACCGACCGUCUACCUUCCUGACCUCAUAUGAGCCUCCCGUCUUUAUGGAAGAAGAGGAUGAGAGAGCGGCCUACUACAGCUCCCUGCAGGACCCCGAUGGAGACGACACGGAUGAGGAGGGUGUACCUGUGGAGUUGAGACACCUGCCGGAGUACAAGGAGCUUCUGGAGCUGAAGAGGAUGAAGAAACACAAACUGCAGGAGAUCCAGGCUGAGAGUAGCAUGGCCCUGCACCAUGGAUACAAGUGUGACGUGUGUGGUGUGGAGCCCAUCCAGGGCGUGCGGUGGCAUUGUCAGGACUGUCCCUCAGACAACGCUGUGGACUUCUGUUCCAACUGCUCCGACUGCCUGUACAAGACUGAGAGCCACACGCCAGACCACCAUCUGGAGCCUGUCCAUCACCAUGAGACCUUCCUAGACAGGGACUACUGUCUGGCUCAGACCCCUGGAUAUAACUACCUGGACCCCAACUACUACCCUGCUAACAGAUGACGGGGGCCACAGACUGGCCCCUGAGCUUCAGCCUAUGCCUCAGCCCAGGGGCCAUAGUUUUAGUUACACACGAAGGGUCCCUAGCAUCCAGGGGCCACAGUCACCCAGCCUCAGCCCACACAGCUAGCCUCAGUCAGCUAGGCUACGACAGCUAGCCUCAGCUAGCCUCCAGAUCCCAGAGUUCACAGUUUCAGCUACACCCCAGCGGCCCCUAGCCCCAGACUCAACCUACAGGAGCAACCAACUGGUAGUGUGUGGCUCAUGGCUCUGUCUCUCAGACCCGAAUCUAGACGGUUCUCACACCAGCUACUCUGCUCACCCCGCCCUGCUCGCCCAGCAGACUGGCAGGAAUCCCAUUGGUGGUUGUGGUGGUGGUGGUGGUGGGGUGAAACUGGCUGCCCCGCAGACUCCAUUUUGGCUCUAAGAAGAGGUCUGGGACACGCUCACUUCUCUGACCGGUUACCCUAACAACCAACAAACUGAACAGAACAGUCUCUGAAAAAUAUACUAAAAAAUAACACUAUAAAAAAACAAACAUGAAAAAGACACACCGACAUUCCUGACCGCCAAGAAAGACUCAAGGAGGGCCUUCCUCCUCCUCCUCUCCCCCAUACCUCUGUGUGCUGCUUGUUAACCUGGGGUGUGUUGAUGGUAGUGUGGGGGUCUGGUUGAUGAGUGAAUAUGUUCCUCAAUAGAUAUUUGUCAUUGAGUAUUUCUGGUGAAUCAAGCCUCUUCUGUUGUGAACUGGAGGCGGGGUUGAGAAAGGAGCUUGAUGCUGAUGAGAGGCGUGUCUUUCAUUCCUACUAGGUUUUAAACCAAUCAGAAGACAGGCAUUUUCUGAUGUAACCCACACAGCGGGUGUUGUCAGAUGAAGCCAUGGUAACGGACCCCUGACACACCUCCACCUCACGUCUCCAUGGAGAUAAUGUCAGCCAGCAGCUAUCACCUCUCUGUCACUCUCCUCUCUUCUAUCUCCUCUUCCCCCUCGCCUCUUUCUCUCCUCUCUUCUAUCUUCUCUUCCCCCUCACCUUUCUCUCUUCUCCCUCACCUCUCUAUCUUCUCUUCCCCUCUCUCUCUCCUCUCUUCUCCCUCACCUCUCUCUCCUCUCUUCUCCCUCACCUCUCUCUCCUCGCUUCU